CCCCUACGCGCGGUCGCGGGUACGCCGCCACCAGCGUCGUAGUUAACACGACGGCUCUGACGGGUCCUGGGGGCGGGGCUGCAGGGGAAAGUGACAACGCCGCUAAGUUUUGGGAUGCCACCAAGUGAUCGGUUUGGGUAUUACAUUUAGAUGAAAGUGAAGUGAGAAUUCUACUAGAGAGGAAAUGGCUGCCUCUUCAUCCUCAUCUUCAGCUGGUGGAGUCAGUGGAAGUUCUGUCACUGGAUCUGGUUUCAGUGUCUCAGACCUUGCUCCACCACGGAAAGCCCUCUUCACCUACCCCAAAGGAGCUGGAGAGAUGUUAGAAGAUGGCUCUGAGAGAUUCCUCUGUGAAUCCGUUUUCAGCUAUCAAGUAGCAUCUACACUUAAACAGGUGAAACAUGAUCAGCAAGUUGCACGGAUGGAAAAACUAGCUGGUUUGGUAGAAGAGCUGGAGGCAGAUGAGUGGCGGUUUAAACCCAUUGAGCAGCUGCUGGGGUUCACACCCUCUUCUGGUUGACCUUGCCUAGAUGGGUACUUCUGGUGCACAAGCAAGUUGCAAGGCCAACAAAGGACUUUUCUUACUGCUUUCAUAGCCAUCCAGAGAGUGACAGCUCCAUCAUUGAAUUGUUAAUUCAUACUUGGUUUCUCUGUACCUACCCACAAGCAACAAAUAUUUAAAUGUGUGCUCUCCCAGGGGAAAUUUUUGUUAAUUUAUUUUUUAAAUACGAGAAUCAGAUUAGGACAAUUGACUUCAGGAACCAGGAGUGGAGGUUAUGAGAUAUUUACAAAACUUCACAUGCCACGUAAAACACAUGCCAGAAUUGACCAACUGAAUGGCAUCUCUCCUGUUACUCAUUCAGUGUCUUGAAUCCUCACCAUUCAAGUCCAAGGUCAGCACUUAGAGUUGUAAAAUACAGGAUUUCUGACCUGAAAAAAGUUCUUUUUGCAGAUGAAUGGGAUUUCAACUCAGUACCUUUUCAAAUGAGGAAUUUUUUAAUGUUUAGGGGUAGGGGUUCUUUCUAUUUCAAGAUAUCUAAUUCUAUAGAUUAUAACUUUUUCUAACCUGUUCUAAACAUGCCAGGUACAGGGAAAAAGGAAUUGCUUUUUGAAUGUUGAAGCACUUGUGAAAAUAAAGCAGUGGGCAAAAUCCUUUUAAACACAGAAAUCCUGAGUCUCUUUGGUGGGCUCAAGCAAUUCUGUAGCAAAUAAAUCCUUUGAAAGAGCUCCAAA